CCCUCCGCUUCACCCCUCCGCCCCCCCCCCUCUCCUCAACCACGUGACCGUGACCACGUGCUCCCCCGUGUGUGCAUCGUGGAGACGCGGCGUGGGACCGGUGCGGAGUCUCUAACUCGGAGUUCAACUCGCCGAGAGCCCGUGGGGGAGGGGAGUUCGCUUUUUUUUAACUCCCCUCGCACGCCAUGUCUCGCCUCAUCGUCAAGAACCUGCCCAACUCGAUGACGGACACGCGCUUGCGCGAUCUGUGCACCGAGUUUGGCGCCGUCACGGAUUGCCGGAUCCGGAGGGACGCCGCCGGGAGGUCACGUCGCUUCGGGUUCCUCGGCUUCUCCAGCGAGGACAGCGCCCAGCAGGCCCUGGGGGCGCUCAACGGCUCCUACGUGGGCAGCUCGCGAGUCACGGUGGAGCUUUGCAAGCCCCUGGGGCAGUUCACAGGAAGCGGGCGGCACAAAGCUUCCCAGAAUGCUGAGCGGCGACCAAAGGGGGACGGCUCAUCCGCCAAGGCCAAGACGCCAGCAAAGAAAGGGAAACCAACAGGAGCCCUGGGAGAAGUGCAGACGGACUCCGGAUUCUCCGAGUUCCUGGAGGCUCACGUCAACCGCGCCGAGUCCACCUUCUGGGGCAACGACGAUUGUACGCUUGGUCGCCACCCCGCGGCCAAGAAGGGCGUUGGCGACGCCGAUGACGACGCCGAUGACGGCGGCAAGGCCAAAUCAAGACCCAAACGUUCGGCGGCGGGCAAACCUGGCGGAGCAACGCGCGUGCAGAGAGAGACGACCGGAGCCAAGGCUGACUACCUGAACUUUGACGACGAUGACGACGGCGACGACGGCGACGACGGCGAUGACGGCGAUGAUGGCGGAAAGGCAAGGAAGGAAGAAGUGAAACCCGCCAACAUGAAGCAGCUCUCCGACCUGGAGUACCUCCGAACGAAGGUGGUCAAGGCCCUCGGCAGCGACGACGACGACGACGACGGCGAUGACGGCGGUCACGGCGAGGAGGAGGAGGAGGUGGAGGAGGAGGAGGGUGGUGACGGUGGAGAAGGAGGUGGCGGUGGAGCGAGGAAGUCGGACAGCGAUUACGAGACGGGCGGGGAGGGAGGGGCCCGGGCCGACAAGGUGAAGCAGCAACGGCGGCGACGACGAGGGAAAGUCACUGAAGAGGUGUCCGAGCCGAAAGUCGUUUUCACAGCAAAGCUACGCGGGGUCCCUUUCAACGUCAAAGAGGAUCGCAUUCGCGAGUUCUUUCUGCCUCUGCGCCCGGAGUCCGUGCGUAUCGUCACCACCAAACAUGGCUCCCGCACGGGCUACGUGUUUGUCGAUUUCAAGUCUGAGGCGGACCUCCGCAAGGCUCUAAAGCGCAACAAGGACUACAUGGGCGAGCGCUACAUUGAGGUGGCACGUGACACGAGACCGGGGGGCAAGCCCCCCCCACCGGGUGCCCCCACCCCCCGGGGCCUCCCCGGCCCCCCAGAGGAUGGUCUCCCCGCCCCCGAUGUGGGCGACACCGGGCGGCUCUUUGUGAGGAACCUGCCCUACACCUGCAGCCAGCACGACGUGGAACAGCUGUUCAGCAAACACGGGCCCCUGUCGGAUGUUCGUUUUCCCCUGGACACGAUGUCCGGCCGCCCCAAGGGCUUCGCGUUUGUUGGGUUUGUGCAGAGCGAGGACGCCGUACGUGCCCUCGCUCUGCUCGACGGCUCCAUCUUCCAGGGUCGCAUGCUGCAUGUGCUGCCCGCGAUGGUGAGGAAGGAGGAGGAGGGUGAGGAGGUGGGCCCCACCUCGUCCACCUCCUCGUACAAACGCGACAAGGAGAAGCGCGACAAAGCAAGCUCCCACAACUGGAACGCUCUGUUCCUGGGCAUCAACGCAGUGGCAGACGCCAUGGCCACCGCUUACGGCACCAGCAAGAGGCGCGUGCUGGACCACGAGACGGAGGGCAGUGCGGCGGUGCGGCUGGCCCUGGGGGAGGCGGAGAUCGUCACGGAGACGCGGCGCUUCCUCGAGGAGGCCGGAGUCCAGCUCAACGCGUUCGGCCAGCCCACCUCGUCACGGAGCGACCGCGUCUUCCUCAUCAAAAACCUCCCGGCCAGCGCGGACUUCACGCGCGACGACCUCCACGCCAUCGUCGCGGGCGGUGGAGACGACGACGACGACGAAGACGACGACGACGCCGGCGGUGGCGGUGGCGGUGGGGGUGGCGGUGGGGGUGGGGGGGCGGGUGGGGACGCGCGGCACCGUGCCCUGGGGGCCCUGCUGGGCCGCGCCGCGGGGCCCGGGGGCCUCUCGCGCCUCCUGCUGCCCCCCCGCGGCCUCACGGCGCUGGCCGAGUUCUUGGGGCCCGACGCCGCCAAGAGGGCCUUCACGCGGCUGGCCUACAGCAAGUUCAAGAGCGUGCCUCUCUUCCUCGAGUGGGCGCCCAUCGACGUGUUUGCCAAGAGGUCGCAGGAGGUCGGAGGGCAGCCGGACGCGGGAGUCGGGGGUCAUGUGGAGGUCACGGGUCAGGCCCCCGGACGCCCCCCCCGCGGCUCCCAGCAGCAGAAGAGGAAAGAGGAGGAGGUGGAGGAGGAGGAGGAGGAGGGGAGAGCAACGGCGGUGGAACCAGAAGGAGUGAGAGGCAAGGAAACAAAACCUGGCAAGGACGAUGAUGAUGAUGAUGACGACGACGAAGAUCAGCAUCUUCCUGGCUGCACCAUCUUCAUCAAGAACCUCAACCUCCUCACCAGCGAAGAGACUCUUCAGCAGGUGUUCUCGAAGUGUGGCCGUCUGCGCAGCUGCAGUUUGUCUCGCAAGACAAACACGUCUGGAGAGAAGCUGUCGAUGGGCUAUGGGUUUGUGGAGUUUCGUGAGCCAGCAUCGGCUAAAAAAGCUCUCAAGACCCUCCAGCACGCGAUGGUGGACAACCACAAGGUGGAGCUGAAGAUAUCGGAGAGAGCGACACGGAGUGGCACGGGGUCCCCACGGGCCCCCAAGGACCCCGUGGCCCCGACCGCCCCCGCCCGCUGCUCCAAGCUGCUCGUGAGGAACGUCCCCUUCCAGGCCAAGGCCCAGGAGAUACGCGAACUCUUCAGCACGUUUGGGGAACUGCGCUCCGUGCGGUUGCCCCGGAAGCCGGGUGCCGGCGCUGGCACUAACCACCGCGGCUUCGCCUUUGUGGACUUCAUCAGCACGCGCGCCGCCCGGAGGGCGAUGGCGUCUCUGUGCAGCAGUACCCAUCUGUACGGACGCCGCCUCGUCCUGGAGUUUGCCUCCGAGGGGACAGAGCACGACCUCGACACCGCCCGCCGGAAGUCGACACUGCUAGGAUCUUCUGCGCCAAAGAAGCGCCGCUCGGAGUUGCUCGAUGACAUCAUGAGGAUGGUGGAGGGAGGGGAGGGGGCGGAGGGGGAGGAGGACACGUGACAGUCUCCCCCCCCCCCACCCCGUGCACGUGCACCACCCCCCCACCCCCCCACAGAUUUUAAACCUCUCUUAGUAAUGUAAACACGGGGUGAAUUCGUGCAUCAGUGUGUGUGUGUCUGAGUGUGCGUGGGGAGCGAUAGUGUAGCGGUUAGCGCGCUGC